AUUUUCAGUAUGUUUUCAUUUAUUUUAGAAAUGUUCAUGUAUUAUGCUUGAUCUUUGUGUGUGAAAUUUAAGACUAACUUAAUACAGUGCUAUAUGAAAAGAAGGAUACUAAUUUUACUGGGGACUUCACCGCCGGAGGAUCCUAAUGUCUUUGGUGAGGUACACAGACGCCGGCGGCGACUCUAUCCGGUUCUUGCAAGUGGACGGUGUGGAUUAUCCGUAUGUGGAAGGGGUGGACCAGGAACGCAACAUCCGCGCGGCUAGGGACGCCCUCGGCCGGGAUGAUGACAUUCUGCUAGUAGCUUACUUCAAGUCAGGGACCCAUUGGUUAUGGGAAGUUUUGUCGAUGUUGAUAGCCGGAAAUGCGGACACCGUCCAGGGCAUCAAACAAUACAAUAUGCUGGAAGCCGUCACGCACGAGAGACUAGCUUCCAUGCCUUCUCCACGAGUGCUAAACACUCACGCCUUCUUCGAUGACUUACCUAAGGACAUGAUAAACCGGAAGUGUAAAAUUGUGUUGCUUGUUAGAAAUCCUAAGGACAUUGCAGUGUCUGGUUAUAACCAUCAUUACGGGCUGACGGGAUCGUAUGAUUACCACGGCAAGUGGGAAAAUUAUCUACCCUUGUUUCUAGAAGGCAAAGUGGAGUCUGGUCGCUGGUUUAACUACGUGAAACAUUAUGAAAAGGUGAAGGCCGAUCACCCUGGGCUGCCCAUACACACAGUCUUCUACGAGGACAUGAAAGAGGACAGCCGCCGUGAGGUUCGAAAAUUAGCCGAGUUUUUAGAACUUCCGCUUUCGGUGACGUUAUGUGACGACAUCGCGGACAAAUGCACGUUCCAAAACAUGAAGAAGGAUAAGAAAGGACUUGAAUCCGAGUUCUUCUUGAAGAUAUGGCGGGACCGGAAGCCGGGAUUUUACAGGAAAGGCGAGGUAGGGGACUGGAAGAACUGGUUCACGGUCGCCCAGAAUGAGAUGUUUGAUGACCUUUACCAACGGGAAAUGGACGGCUGUAUUCUCAAGGACAAAGUCCGAUUUCAAAUAUGACCUUCAUUAUAUUAGCUUCAUUAUAUGAAAUUGGACCUUCAUUUGUCCGGCAUUUUAGGAUACGAUUUAGAAAAUAAUAAUGUUUAAUGCUCAUAUGCAAUUCUCAAUGUUUUAAUUAUAUUUAUAUAGAUU